AUGGCAUUUUCCGGUGUCUUCAACACUUCAGACAAAGAUAUUUUUACGGAUGAUUUGGUGCCUCUCAAACACACUCAGGGCAAAACAUCAGAGCAUCGAAAACUUAAAUCUACUGAUUCUCAUCCCAACCUAUAUUUCAACCAAGUGAAUGUACAGGUUUUGAGGCAAAGAUCCCCCAGCACACACAGCCACAUUUUCAAAGUAAUCAAAGCAGCGGUCAUGACCAUGCUAUCCAACAUGCCCCUUUACGUACCCUCUGCAAAACAUGAGGAGUUUACUAGCAAGUGGAAUGAGAAAUACGGGAACAACCUACCCCCCCUCGCUCUGUAUUGUCUGCUGUGCCCAGAGGACUCAGGUGCCCUGCAGUUUCUCAUCAAGUUUAUGGAUAAAAUGGCAGAUUACCCGUCCUGGAAGGUGAUCAGCGCUCCCAAUGACGAGGUGCCGAUGGCACACUCACUCACUGGGUUUGCCACAGCCUAUGACUUUAUUUACUCUUUUCUUGAUGAGCACAGACGGGAUGUUUACCUCAAGAGAAUUCGGUCUGAGACAGAGGAGCUGUAUGAGACGUCUAAGUAUAGGGGUUGGGGGAAACAGUAUCUCCAAAAUCAUCAAACCACUAAUAUAUUAGCUAUCUUGACUGGGGCCAUUGUGGUCAGCACACAUGACGACCCAGCAACAAUGGUCUGGAAACAGGUAUCAGUCAAUUAUAUGGAGAAGACCAUGUUUCUCCUAAACCACAUUGUGGAUGGGUCACUAGAUGAGGGUGUUGCUUAUGGAAGCUACACGGCCAAGUCUAUCACGCAGUAUGUGUUCUUAGCUCAACGUCAUUUCAACAUUGACAACACACAGAACAACUGGCUGCGGGAACACUUCUGGUUCUACUAUGCCACCCUGCUGCCAGGCUUCCAGAGGACCGUGGGCAUCGCCGACUCCAACUACAACUGGUUCUACGGCCCAGAGAGCCAGCUGGUGUUCCUAGACCCAUUUGUUAUUAGAAAUGGCACUGGGAACUGGCUCGCCCAGCAGAUUAGAAAGCACAGGCCCAAGGACGGUCCCAUGGGCCAAUCCUCUGCCCAGCGCUGGACUACCCUUCACACGGAGUACAUCUGGUACAAUGCUCAUCUCACGCCACAGCCUCCCCAUGGCUUUGGCAAAGCCAGGAUGCAUAUUUUCUCCAACUGGGGUGUGGUGACGUACGGAGCUGGGCUGACCAAUGGUCAGGGUAAAACAUUUGUCUCUUUCAAAUCUGGGAAGCUGGGUGGCCGUGCCGUGUAUGACAUUGUUCAUGCAAAGCCAUAUUCAUGGCUGGACGGCUGGAAUAGCUUCAACCCAGGGCAGAAAUCUUGCUUGUUUGUAGCCAACGUCUCCUCCUGGGACAAMGGAUACACGUGA